CCUCGACAUCCUCAAGUUCCAGUUGAAUUUAAGUCAAGAUGCUGUCGGCGAAGCUCCUGGUGGCCACCGUCUCGCUGGGUUUGGCGGUGACGACCUCCGAUGUAUCUGCAACAAGACUUCGUGUUCGGGUGCACACCAAGUCCACGACCACGUGCGGUGAUGGUGAACAAACGAUUGGUGUUGCAGGGUGGGACCACGACGGCUGUGUCGCUUCUAGCAACGUCUGUGUGGCUCAAGUCAGUGACGGUGAAUGUCCCGAUGGGGCCUACUGUGCUCUACUUGAUACGGGUGUCUACGGGUGCACGGCCGGUGACGACUACGACGAUUCGCACGAAACCACAUCGUACUGCGCCGAAGGUGAGCAAACUAUCGGUGUCGCUGGAUGGGACCACGAUGGCUGUGUUGCUACCGGCAACGUCUGUGUGGCUCAAGUCAGUGACGGUGCCUGCCCUGAUGGGGCGAGCUGUGCUCUACUAGACACGGGUGUCUACGGGUGCACGGCCGGCGACGGCGACGACGAAUCGUGGGAUUCCCAUGAAACCACCUCGUACUGUGCCAAAGGUGAACAAACUAUCGGCGUCGCUGGGUGGGACCAUGACGGCUGUGUUGCUACAGGCAACGUCUGUGUGGCUCAAGUGAGUGACGGUGAAUGUCCCCACGGGGCGUACUGUGCUCUACUAGAUACUGGUGUCUACGGGUGCACAGCCGGAUCCCACGAAAACAUUGAGUAUGUCGACGACGGAGCUUGUGCUGACAAUGAAGAAACGAUUGGUGUUGUGGGCUGGGACCACGACGGUUGCAUCGAGUCGGACCAUGUCUGUGUGGCUCAGGUGAGCGAUGGUGACUGUCCGAGUGGUGCGUCCUGCUCGUUGCUCGACACGGACGUGUACGGCUGCGUCGCCAACGCUAAGAAGCACCACCGUCACCACCACCACAACCAAAAGGUGACGUGUCCUGGUGGACAGCAGAGCAUUGGUGUCGCUGGCUGGAGCUCGGACGGAUGCGUUGCGUCGGGUAACGUCUGCGUCGCCGAGACGCACGGUGACUGCCCGUCCGGUGCGCACUGCGCGUGGCUCGAUACUGGUGUGUACGGAUGCCAUGACGGCGCGGAGGAGUCGACCCCGUGGGAAGGCUGCUCCAGUUAUGAACAAUCGAUUGGCGUUGUUGGCUGGGACCAGGAUGGCUGCAUUGACUCUGACCAUGUCUGCGUGGCUCAAGUAAGCGAUGGUGACUGUCCAAGUGGCGCGUACUGCUCACUGCUCGACACGGGUGUCUACGGGUGUGUGGCUAGCGCUAAGAAACACCAUCAUCACCAUCACCACCACCACCACAAGGAGAACCAGAAGGUCGCGUGCCCCAGUGGACAACAAAGCAUUGGUGUUGCUGGAUGGAGCUCGGACGGAUGCGUUGCGUCGGGUAACGUCUGCGUUGCUGAGACGCACGGUGACUGCCCGUCCGGUGCCCACUGCGCGUGGCUCGACACUGGUGUGUACGGAUGCCAGGACGGCGCGCAGGAGUCGACCCCGUGGGAAGGCUGCUCCAGUUAUGAACAAACGAUUGGCGUUGUUGGUUGGGACCAGGAUGGCUGCAUCGACUCUGACCAUGUCUGCGUGGCUCAAGUAAGCGAUGGUGACUGUCCAAGUGGCGCGUACUGCUCACUGCUCGACACGGGUGUCUACGGGUGUGUGGCCAGCUCCAAGAAACUUCUCUAA